AAUAUAAGAAGUGGCCAAUUGUAGAAAAAAGUGAAGUUACUCUGAUAAGUGAGCCAGUCCGCCAACCUUGCCUUUAGAUUUUUGUCCAAACAGCAAAGCAAGAAGAGAGCAAUCUUCUCAGACCGGACAACAAUUCCACCCUAUCUUCUCAGACCAGAACAGAGGGCAGAGUCAAUCAGAGUACCACAGCAGGUGCAGGUACAUAUAAGUCAAAAGUUCCUCCACAAAGUUGCAAUGGAUAUAAUCUCCCAAUUACAAGAACAAGUUAAUCUGAUUGCACAUUUAGCUUUCAAUACCAUUGGGACAUUGCAAAGAGAUGCCCCUCCUAAUCGACUGUCGCCAAAUUAUCCUGAACCACCAGCACAUCCUACAGAAGAAGGGACAAAUUUUUCAGAGCAACCAAAGUUGAUGAGUUCUACUUUAGUGAAGGCUGCCAAGCAGUUUGAUGCAUUAGUUGCGGCUCUUCCGAUAUCCGAGUCAGGUGAAGAAGCACAGCUUAAGAGGAUAACAGAACUACAAGCUGAAAAUGAUGCAAUAGGCCAAGAACUUCAAAAGCAGUUGGAAGCUGCAGAGAAGGAAUUGAAUCAAGUUCAAGAACUGUUUAGGCAAGCAUCAGAUAAUUGUUUGAACUUGAAGAAACCAGAUGACAAUUAGCUAUUUGCGUUCCUGACUAGAUCAGAGUGAUGAAUUUGGCCACAAGUAUCUCAACUUGACACAAAGCAGGGACUGCAGCAGCAAGGUUUUCCUUUUCUCCAUGAAGUCUUGGUUAACUGAAACAGUUUAUUUUAUUUUUUUAUUGUUGCAACUUUUGUAUGACGUAUGAUGUUUUUGAAAUCCAUAGUUGUUACUGUAAUUAUAUUCCUACUGUCCAUGGAGAAAUGAAAGCCUUAUUGAUACUAAGUAUUUUUUUUUA